AUGCCUUCGAAUCACCGGGCGCAGGAUUCGUCUUCGCAUGCGUUUCCUACCAGGCAGCUCACAAUCCUCGCGAUAUGCCGCUUCUCGGAGCCGAUCGCCUUCAACUCGAUCCUGGCAUACACGUACGUGAUGGUGCAGGACCUGCACGGGGGCGACGGGACGGACGCGUCCUUCUACGCGGGGCUGCUGGUGUCGGCGUACGCCGUGGCCGAGGCCCUGACGGCGCUCGGCUGGGGCGCGCUGUCGGACCGCUACGGCCGCAAGCCCGUCGUGCUGUGCGGGCUCGGCGGCGUCGCCGUCUCCAGCCUCAUCUUCGGGUUGGCCAAGCGGUACUGGGUCGCCCUGCUGGCUAGGUUCAUCGGCGGCGCGCUAAAUGGGAACGUUGCUGUAAUGCAGACUAUGGUCGCGGAGAUGGUCAAGCACCCCGAGCACGAGCCCCGGGCGUACGCGACGCAGCCCUUCGUCUGGACGCUCGGCGGCAUCCUCGGGUCCGCCAUGGGCGGCUUCCUCGCCCAGCCCGCCACCUUCUACCCGGCCCUGUUCCCCGCCGACGGCCUCUUCGCCCGCUACCCCUACCUCCUGCCCAACCUCGUGUCCGUCGUCGUCAUCGUCUUGGCCAUCAUCCAGGGCGUCCUGUUCCUCGAGGAGACGAACCCGCGCAUGGUGAACGCGGGCGCCGCCGCCGCCGCCGGGAAGACCGCUUAUCAGGAGUCUGUCUUUGAGGAGAGUGUUGUUGAUGAGAAUGGUAAUGGUUAUGGUAAUGAUAAUGGUGGUGCUGUUGUUGUUGUUGCGGACGAGCGUACUCCGCUAUACCACCGCCCCAAGGACAGCAGAUCGUCUAUCCGGAGCCCCUCGUGCGCCGCGAGCGACCGCCCGGUGUUCGUCGAGGAGAGCCUCCCGGUGGCAGUCGAGCAGACCACCUUCGACCUCCGGCGCUCGUCGUUCGGGACCGUGCGGUCGAUCAAGGUCCUCCCGAGCGCCCCGAAGCAGAAAGAGGGGUACAGCGGCCGAGCGUUCAACUUCACCAUCGUCAUGGUGUCCGUCGCCCUCGUCCUGAUCUCGUACCACCAGAUGGCGUUCAACACCCUCCUGCCCACGCACCUCCUCGACAAGCCGGCGGCGCCAGCAGCCCCCGGCCGGCUCGACCUGGUCGGCGGGCUGGGGUACACCGUGCACGACGUGGGGAUAUACCUGUCCGUGAACGGGAUCCUGGGGCUGUUCAUCCAGGGGUUCAUAUUCCCGAUCUUCGUGGACAAGGUGGGGGUGUGGAAGUCGUUCGUGGUCAGCAUCGUCUUGUACCCGUCGGCGUACGUAGUCAUGCCUUUCCUGUCCGCCUUCCCGGCGCCUCUGGUCUCCCCGGGGAUCUACCUGUCGAUGGUGCUGCAGAGCUUCUUCGGCAUCAUCGUGAUCCCCUGCGCGCUCAUCCUGCUCAAGGACGCCACGCCGUCCCCGCUCGUCCUCGGCAAGGUCAACGGCCUCGCCAUGUCCGCCUGCUGCCUGGCCCGGACCGUCGCCCCGCCCCUCGUCGGCAUCAUCUACAGCGCCGGCGGGUCCGCGGCCGCCUGGUUCAGCUGCUCCGGCGUCGCGGUCGUCGGGAUCGUGCAGCUCCUCUGGGUGCCGAGGAAACACGUCCCUAAUAUCGUGCUUGAGGACAGCACGAUGGUAAGUAAAAACCGGCCGGACGUGCGACACGAGGAACACGGGAUGUGCCCUCCCAUGUCGGAGUAA